UUCGAACGUCAAGUUUGAAAAGAUGAACCUUCCGACACAGUUGGAUCACAGAACUCGCUAGUGUUGCGCCGUGUUCUCCUACUGUGAUCUCUGAAUCGGAGAAGAAGCAAUCGCCAAGAUUCUCUCCGCCAGCGCAUGGCGGCGCAGUUACAACAAGGAAAGUGAGCAGCAGAUCUGAAUGCGUCGUUUCUCCUGGAGAAGUGCGACUCGUUUCUCCUUAUCAUCGAAACUCGAUUGUGGACCGUCCAGACCAUGGCUACCAAAGUGAUAGGAGACGUUGUCUCCGGAGUGCUCAUAGGAUGCCGUGACGCGGUAUGGGGCAUAGCGGCGAUCGGCAAAUUGGAUUCCCGAUGGCUAGAGAAAAACGAUACAAUUUCGAGUAAGGUGGCUCAAGACGUGCAGGCUUUCACAGCAUUAGCUUUGCGUAGACGACAGCAAAAAGAGAAGACGGCGCCUUCAUCGAACAACGCUCGACCGAAGAUAAUCCACCGCUUGAUACAGUGUUGUCUACUGAACGGCGGCGUCUUCAUGCUCAGUCUCCUGCUCUUCAAUUAUGCAUUGCUGCCCGGACUUCAGAUGGCGUUGUCAGUUGUGCUCGAAGGAAGCACGUCGGGUAUAUGGACUUGGCUCGAACCGACGUUGAGCGCGGUAUUCGGUUUCCUCUGGGUCAUGCCCGUCUUCAUCCUGACCCGUAUCGUGAAUUGCAUCUGGUUUCUGGACAUCGCCGACCAGGCGUACCGCCAUUUGCGGGGAAGACCGCAAGCGUUGCACUCUGUGAAGAGAUUCAUCGUCGAUAGUAUAUUUUCGUACUCGGUGCAAGUGAUUUUCUUGAUACAGACCCAGCUGGUGUGUCUGUUCCCGAUCGCACCGAUCGGCCAGAUCAUCGGGCUCUUGCACCUCUCGAUCUUGUACAGUCUCUACGUGUUUGAAUACAAAUGGUGCAAUCAGGGCCGAGAGUUCCUCUACCGACUCAGCGCUCUCGAGGAUAAUUGGCCGUACUUCGUGGGCUUCGGAAUGCCCCUGGCCGUGAUGACAUCAAUAUCAGAAUCGCGGCUCAUCGCCGGCUGUUUGUUCGCAAUUCUGUUUCCGUUGUUCAUCAUUUCGGCAACUGAGGCCGUGACGACACCGCGGAAAAUGCGACCACUCCACCUGUUCACGCCUAGCUUGUGGUUGACGAACAUGAUAUUCAACAGAUACAUAAAGAGAAUGAACCAACAGAACGCGAUAGCUCCUCCAACAGCGUCUAGAAAACGCGAAUGAAGCGCUUUUCAGCCAAUCGAUAUUCUUGUAUGUACAGUGAUUUAAGUUGUUUCCGAACGCUCAAUAGACAUCGUCGCGUCCAGAGCGCAGACCAAACUCAACAAGUGUGAUUAAGUAGAGCUAACGUUAGUUAGUUAGCAUCGCGGUGUUUACCAGGGACAGAUGAGAAGCUUUGUUGCUGCGCAGAAAAAAGUUUCUGGAAUAGCUUCUGAUUUCUGAAUAGUUGUGCUAUGCAGCGUACCCACUGCCCAAACAUCGAAAUACCCUUAUGAAUAAAUCAAAAUAUGAGUUGGGAGUUUUCCGAACCCGUCAUGCGGCUCCCGUGCACCACCUGAUCAAGUUGUUGAACGAGAUACACCUUCCGCCACCUACCAUAGAGAUUGUUCGCCAACAAGUGGUCCCACAGGGAUCACGUACGAUGUAUUAAAGAU